AUGUCUGCCUUGGAAUUUUUCAAACUUUCAAAAUAGUAUAAACUAUACCCAGCAAAGAUUGGAUUUGAGGAGUUGAGAAAGAUCGUCACUAAGGAUCAAUAGUAUUGGCCUAUCCAUUAAGCUCUUAACAACACGGAGAUUACUAAUUCAAGAUAAUCUUUAAAAGCAAGGUUGAAGCAAUAAACAGGCAAGCAAACAAAACUAACAAAAGAUUAAAUAGCUAAGGAGUUUAUGAAUUUAGAAAUAUACCUCUGCCAAUAACAUGAAAUAUUCCUUAAUAAAAAUAAUUCUAAAAGCGGGUUUCAAGGCACUAGUUCUGCUGCUAAUACUUUAACUUAAAUCAAUAAGCAAGGAGAAAAUAUUUUGAGCUAGCACUCAAGUUAAUACCAGUCAGAUGAAGAUUAGAAAACCUUAAAUAAGGCAUCAAAAGAAAUUUCUAAUCAAAAUUAGAGGAGCACUACAAUUGACAUCAAUAAAAUCAAAAUAGAAAAGAAAGUUGCAAAUUUUGAAUAAAGCAGUUACUCCAGUAAGUCAGAGCAUAAAGCCAUGAACUCACAGGAUGAAAUAAUUAGCAACUAGUAAAAGAUGAAAAUUAGAAAAAAUAGGAAAAAAGGCAAAAAUUUCAGCUCUAUGAAUGAUCCUGCAAGCGUAUUUCAUGUUUACUUUACUCUCUCAAGUCAAAAGCUCAAUAAAUUUCAGACUUCAGAUCGUGAUAUAUCGGUCGGUACUAACAAAUCGAGAUAUGAUGAUCUUUAACUAUCAUCAAUGAAUAGGAGUUUGCCUCCAUUGAAAUAUGAAAUUCAUAAUAACUUUGAUCCUGAAAAGAAAUUUCAAAGAGUUUAGAUAAGAUCUUUAACUAAAACCAACUAAAAUUCUUAGUAAUAUUCAGCGAAGCCAAGAGAUUAUGAUAGAAUGUCUUAAUCGGUCGAAAGAUAAUCUAUAACAUUAAGUAAUUAAAACGUAACUCUAGAUAAAAACUUUAGAGCUGCACAAUUUAAGCCUAAAAAUCAAAAUUUGAAUCCCCAACAACAAGAUUAUGAGUUUAACUCUAAUCUCUAAUCAGAUAGUAUUAUUCAUAAAAGAACAAGUGUGAGUAAUUAGCGAUAUUAGCCCUAGCAAUAGGAAAUAUCUGAAUCUAGACCUAAUAGAUUCCAAAGAGACUUAAGUGAUAAUCUAAUUAAAAAGUCAUUUGUUUAAAAGAAAUCUUCGCUAGAAGGUACCAAUGGUGACAAGGGUAGCCUUAAUAUUUCAAUUAAAGAUCAAUCUUAGUUAAUUAAUAAAAAACUACCUAAAAAUAUCCGAACUAUGCAGAGUAUUAGCAAUGCUGAAAAAUAUAAUGAAAAUGGAUAGCCAAGCUUCAGAAUUAGAAAAACUAGCAAGAAAAUUCUUGAUCCCUAUGCAACUCUCAGUGAGGACGAUGAAUAAGAUGAAGACUAAGUCUAGAUUAAAGAAUAGUAAAAUCCUAUAGAAACUAAAGAAAAAGAUGAAAGUAUAGACUUAAUAGAGGAUUUAAGAAGGAAACAAAGAGUGGAUAAAUUGAAGGAUAAGAUGCUGAUAGUCCCAGCUACUGACUAUUCUUCACAAAUCAAGCAAAUGGAGGACUUUAAGAAAAAAAGGAAGUUACAGCCUAAAAUUUCUGAAAUGGUCGCUAGCAAUCUCAGAACUAUCCAAAAUAAUUAUAACCAUCAGUAGAAAAUCAUAAAUCAAAGAUAAAAUUAGAUCUCUCCGACAUUUGCCAAAGCGUAGGAGUUCUCUAUCAAGUCUAACGGAGAAAGUGUGCUAAAUUCUCAUAAUGAUUCAAUUUUUAACUCCCAUAUUGAAAUUAGGGAAAGAUAGCAGAGUAGUUAGUCAAUAUAUUAAUAAAAGCAUGUUACAACAAUAAUACCAUUUGCUAAGAUUAACACCAGCGGUUAUAAUUCUUAGAACGUGACUAUAUUUGAUAAGUUUUCUAAAAGAAUGUCAAUAGAUACAGGCCCUAAUUUGAAUAUCCUACCGCCUAUUUCACUUCAUUAAAAGAACCCAAGUCUCAAAUAAAAUAGUUACAUUGAAAUGUUCUAAUUACGCUCUUAAUCGUCAAUGAGCUAACCAUACAAAAGUAUCAAAAGCAAGUAAUCAAUAGUAGCAUCAACUAUCUCUUAAAUUGAGCUUUUGCCUCCUUCAAUUUAGAUCCUCAAUACUGAAGGAAGUCCUAUGAGUGGAACAGGCAAAGUAAAUAUGAACAUUUUCCCAACAAGAAAUAGAAAUAAGAAUAAUGUUCUCAAAGCAAAGUAUACUACUAUUAGCUCAGAUGAAGAUAUCCCUGUUGUUGAGAAUUAAAAUCAUCAGCAGAAGCAAUACACAUUAUAGAUGGCAAACAAAGAUUUAAAGCAUCAUUUAUAGCAUCAAAGUAUCCAUCAAAUAUCUGAAUUGCAUAAUAAACUAUAGAGUGAGAUCAAGCUUGACAAGCUAGAUCCAGAAAACAUUAAUAAGAAGUUUAAACAUAAAAAUUUGCUCAUUCCUACAAAGGAUAUGAGUAAUAAUCAACUGAAAAAGAGAGAAUACUGGAGUACCAAGAAUAAUGAAAAGCCAUCUCCAUCUAAUGCUAAUAGCUCCGAAAAAUAGAUGCGAAAUCAAAAUUUUUCUAAGUAGGAAAGCAUUAUAGACAUUAAUAAGGGGCUAGCUAUAUAUAGUGAAUCAAAAGCAAAGGAAAGAAUAAAUAAUUAUUCGUCUUAGCAGAUGAAUAUAUUGCAGGCGAAUGCAGAAUAGGCAGUUGUAGAGUUAAAUCAAAGUCUUAAUCUGUCUCAAAGUAUCGCAUUUGGAACAAAGAAUGAUGAAAUCAUUGACAACAAUCUUGACAAAGGAUAAAAGUUUACGAAGUUUGUAUCAUCUUUAUACAAUUUCGAUGAUAGAAGUAAGUUUUAUUGA